AAAAAAAAAAAAAAAGUGCGGCGGUGGAUUCAGGCCCUUGCCGCAAAAGCAAAAGCAUCUCACCACCGUUUUAUAAACAUCUCAGAUCUCUCUCUCUCUCUCUCUCUCCCCUAUCUUCUCUUCUGAUAACAAUGGCCGAACCUAUAGCUAAUAUCACGGCGAAGAACGACGAACCACCGGAAGAAGAAAUCUCCGAUCAGUUUCUCUGCUGCGUUUGCCUGGAACUUCUUUACAAACCAAUUGUGUUAUCUUGUGGUCAUCUAUCAUGUUUCUGGUGUGUGCAUAAGUCAAUGAAUGGCAUUCGCGAGUCUCAUUGUCCGAUAUGUAGGGAUCCGUAUGUUCACUUUCCUUCUGUGUGCCAGAAGCUUCAUUUUCUGCUGAAGAAGAUAUACCCGAUCGCACAUAAGAAGAGAGAAGAACAAGUUUUGGAGGAAGAAGAAGAGCUAGAUUGUUUUUCUCCACAGAUUGAUGUUGUUUCGGAUAAGGCUAAUGCUAAGGAUGAGGCUGUAUGUAGUGGAGAUUCUCUAAAUAUCUCUGGUAAGUGUAUUACACAGAUGGUGGAAGAGUGCUCAAAUGCAGCGAAGUUAUUAUCUAAUUCAUCAAGUGUAGGUGACAGUUCAUGUAUCCCCAGCAAUCAAGAACCCAUUGAUGCACGAAGUCAUAAUGCUCAUGAGGAUGACUUUCUUAAGAAUAACAAUGCCAGUAAGCAAAUUUUGAAAGAGGAUUUGCUCUGUUCAGCAUGUAAGGAGCUGCUCAUGCGACCCGUGGUUCUCAAUUGUGGGCAUGUGUAUUGCGAAGGAUGUGUGGUAGAUAUGGCUGAAGAAAGCGAAAAGAUCAAAUGUCAAGAGUGUAAUGUUCGUGACCCUAGAGGAUUUCCAAAAGUUUGUUUGAUUCUUGAACAGCUUAUGGAAGAAAAUUUUCCUGAAGAAUACAAUUCAAGGAGAAGUGGUGGGAUUCAAAAAACUCUUGCCCAUAAUAGCAAAGGAAAUGAUCAAAACCACCUCAAAGAAGGCCCAUCAUUUUCAAAUGAUAACAACGACGAUAUGCUUUGGUUGCCAAACCCUGAAUCUAAUGUUCACUACGGAGCUGGUUGUGAUUCUUGCGGGGUGUAUCCAAUCAUAGGGGAUAGAUACAGAUGCAAAGACUGCAAGGAAGAAAUCGGGUAUGACCUUUGCAAAGAGUGUUACGAGAGUCCAUCGAAAGUUCCAGGGAGAUUCAACCAACAACACACUCCAGAUCAUAGGCUUGAGCUUGCUGAGGCUCCUUGGCAGCCAGGGGUUCCUCAGUUUAUGAUCACAGGCUUCAUUCUCGCAAACGAAGAUGGGGAUACAGAUGAGGGCGAGGAGGAGGAGGAGGAGGAAGGGCCUCCUCAUGGUUCGUCUAAUGAGUCAUCAAACACAGAAUGAAAAAUAGCAGUCAAGUAUUAGUUCAUAUGCUUUCAACUUUGUGUUUGCGUUACUAUUUAUUUUUAUAUUUUUUUUCACAUAAGUCUUAUGGUUUUGAACAUUUUAAACUUAAGUCUUUA